AAGUGAGGGAGGGAGAGGAGGGAGAGGAGGGAGAGGAGGUUAGGAAGGACGACGAGAGGUAAAAAGAGGGUCCAAUCAAACCUAUAUAAGCCCAGUCAUACACUCCCUUCUUCACCACUCCAUCUCCUUCGUCUGCACCUUCGUCAGUAGCUAUGAUCUUCCCCACUACAAGAAUGGGGCCUUUGGCGGUGAUGGUGGUGGUGGCCCUCCUCGCCCCUCACACCAGUGCCACGCCCUUCAGAUUCGGAUCCAAGAAGCGAGACCAAACCGACCCAUCCUCCUCUCCCUCUCCUAUUCCUCCUCCCCCUGCCUUCCCCGCCACUGAUGCAGGACUGGGAGGGCUUGGAAGUAAGGGAGACACAGGGGUGCUUCUUCCUCCCGUUGGCGCAGGCACAGGACUAGGAGGAGGAAAAGGAGGUUUGGGUUUAGGAGGCGCAGGAGAAAAUGGAUUCUUCACGGUUGUUGACGGCAUAGACGAUGGAAUUGAUGUGCUAAUUGACGGAGGAUUAGGAUUAGGAGCAGCAGGAGGACUAGACCCAGCCAACACUCUGUUCGUGAAAGAGGAAGCGGUGCAAGACAACCUUUUCAGUAAGACCAGCCAGGAGAUUACAGCCCUUGUCCCCGCCUCCACCACCUCCAUCUUCAACAGGGCAGGACAAAGAACCCCCUGCAUGCGCGUGUACCGCCUCGCUAAGAACUUAAAGGGGAGCCUCUUCAGAAGGGGGAACAGAAGUGGAAGGGGAGGAAACAGAGGAGGCAGAGGAAGACGCUUUGGGGAGGAAGUUCUGGGGAGAAUCUUGUGUUUGAUUCCUGAUUCACUGAGAGCUUCCAGACGUGGCUGAGUGGGAAGGUCUCCCUCUUCCUUUUCACUACCCAAGACAACUUUCCCGCUUCUCUCAGUCUCACUACGUUCUCACCAUGGCCAAGCAACGUCUCCUCCUGCGCCACAGACAAACAAGCCAAAAAAAGAAAGAAAAAAUCCCGCAGAAUUACAUGAUAUUAAAAGCAAAAAAAAACACGUGAAAAAGGAAAAUAGAGUAAAAA